UCCUUCCAUCCUCCUCCUCUGCCUCCUCCAGCAUGCCGCUCUCCUCUCUCCCCUCAGCUCCUCAUUUUCAUCUUAAUCUGCGCUCGCUCCGUCCCCGCUCUCCCUCUCUCUCUUCAGCUCUCUCCCUACUCUCUGCUCCCCACACCGCCACCUGUUAGUCUCCUUCUCCUCUUCACACCAGAAUCCCCUCUUCUUCCUCUUUUUCUUUUAUGAGGAGUUUCACACUUACGCUAUCACUGAGCCCUAUGACUGUGCGAAAAGGAAAACGUUUGGGCAUCACCAUCCAGGAGCACAUGGCCAUCGAUGUCUGCCCGGGCCCCAUACGCCCCAUUCGUCAAAUCUCCGCCUACUUCCCUCGCCUCUCGCCCACUUCCUCCUUCUCCGAGCCACUCUCGCCCAAUCAGGUGGCGGCGCCCACAACGCUCAGCCCUGGCAGCACAGGUCAAGCUGGAGGGCCCAUCGGAGGAGGAGGGGGGAGCAGCGGCCUUUUGUCGCCACAGUUACCGGGAGCGGCGGGGGGAGGGGGCUCCCUGUCAGCCAUGAGCAGCAUGGACACCUCCAUUGAGAUCGACAGCUGUGACAGCGAUGAUAACACCUCUUUGGGGACACUAGAGUUUGACCUACUGUACGAGAAAGCCACCAGCUCCCUCCACUGCACAGUCCUCAGAGCAAAGGGUCUAAAGCCGAUGGAUUUCAAUGGUCUGGCUGAUCCCUACGUCAAGCUGCAUCUGCUGCCGGGCGCCUGCAAGGCCAAUAAACUGAAGACCAAGACUGUUCGCAACACGCUGAAUCCCGUGUGGAACGAGACGCUCACCUACUGUGGAAUCACUGAGGAAGACAUGUACCGCAAAACACUCCGGGUGUCCGUGUGCGACGAAGACAAGCUGACACAUAAUGAGUUCAUUGGGGAGUCUCGGGUGGCCCUGCGCCGUGUGAAGCCUGACCAGACCAAACACUUUAACAUCUGUCUGGAGCAUCCACCUCCUCUGCCUUCACCCACUGCGAUGAGCACAGCCCUGAGAGGAAUCUCCUGCUACCUGCGAGAGUGGGAGACGGAGCAGCAGAGAAGUCUAGAGGAGAGAGGACGCUUGCUGCUCUGCCUCCAGUACCUCCCGCCAUCCACCGAUGGCGACUUGAAGGGCGAGGCCAAGGAGAGAGCUCGUGGCGGGCUGUGUGUGGGCGUCAAGCGCUGCGCCCAUCUGGCAGCCAUGGACGUCAAUGGUUUCUCCGACCCCUACGUUAAAACGUACCUGAAGCCAGACGUUCACAAGAAAUCCAAGCACAAAACAGCGGUCAUUAAAAAGACUCUCAACCCGGAGUUUAAUGAGGAGUUUUUCUAUGAGAUCUCCUUCUCAGAAUUAGCAACCAAGACGCUGGAGGUCACCGUGUGGGACUAUGAUUUAGGAAAAUCCAAUGACUUCAUAGGGGGGGUAUCCUUAGGGUGUCAUUCACAGGGAGAGACUCUGCAGCACUGGAUAGACUGUCUGAAGAACAAGGGCAAGAAAGUGGAGCGCUGGCACACACUGACCAACGAGCUGCCCGGAUCCACGCUGCAGGAAUGAACCCGAGCUUCCUCCCCUAUAACUGACACCAGAGGGACCGUCUGAAGACCCGGGAUGAAGGACGUCUAAUCGCAUGUUUUAAGGAUUGUUCUGCAUGACUGUGACGGAUCCAUAUCCUCCUUUGUGUCAUAAUUCAAAACAUCAUGCCCAGAUAGGUGGGAUGGGGUGGGGGGAGGGUUGUCCACAAUCACAGAUCAAUACUCUAAUCUCGGAUCUAAACAGUCCCAACACAAAGCUGAAACCAUUUUCUUCACAGUACUGGCAAGCAUUCACAUCCUUUCAAUGCUUUAAGAUCGGUCUAAAUGCUCCUCGUGGACAGAGCCCACUCACGAAGAAUAAUUACGCCGGGACGUUUGACGAGGGGAAAAUGUUUAAUUAUUCUCUCGCGCAGUCCCGCGUGUCAGGUUUGCUUGCUCUUAUUAAAUUCAGGCAAGUCGAUUUCAUUAACCGCUGACAUUAAAACUCCGCGGUUAUGCCCAUCUGUCUCAAAGCGCACAUACCUCUCCGUGCAAUAAUGAUUGCCUAAUGCUUCCGAAGAUAUUUCCAAGUGGUCUUAAUACUGGCGGAUGUUUUUUUUUCUCUGAUCGUCACUGGAUUGACAGCAUGAGCUGAUAAGAAAACUGGUUCUUCCACGUCGAUGGUUCGUGUGUGAUCUACUUGCAUGUUCGGUGUUGAUGGAGCAAACUUUAAAAAAAGAAAAAAAAAAGGUUGGAAAUGUUCAUCAACGUGUUGUUCCCUAGAAGAAACUGUAUUUUAUUUAAUGGUAAUGGCUCUUUAAUGUUGUUCGCAGUUGUUUGACGUGUCAGCUCUGAUAUCGGUGUCGGUCGGUUUUGCUUCACGUUCCCUACUUUGUAAGGCCAACGUCAGUAACAGAGGAGUUUCACAGCAGCAGAGCGUUUUACGGCGAACCAUGCAUGGCUGUACUCUGACACAGUAAAUAAAGUCACAUGCCUUUGUUUCAUAUACAAAUUGUAAAUAUGAACCGGUGUAGAGCGCUGUGUUUUAUGGUGACUCUCCAUGGCUGCUGCUUUACUGUCGACUGCUUUCAGCUGCAGGUUUUCUCUGUGUGGUGAACAGGCAUGCUCACAAUGCCAUUGGUGUUAAUAUGUAAAUAUAUGUACGCUGUUUCACUUCUUUGGGAUGUUUGUCUUUUGGAAAGCUUGCAUGGUUGUUUUUAUCUUUGUUUUUGGUCCACAGUGGACUCCUUCAAUCACUGAUCAGUGAUUGAAGGAAGCCAGUAAAGCUAAUACUGCCACCUGGUGUUCUUGAACUGUAAGUGCAGCCUCUUCUCUGACUACAGAGAGCAGAAGUGAUCCAUCAAAUGUGUAAGGUGAAAGGAAACCAACACACACACACACACACACACACACACACACACACACACACACACACACACACCUAACUUUCUGCUCCAGUAAACAAUAACUGCAGCAAUUAAAACAUAAAUUGGAUCUUUACAAAAUGUAAUAAAUACAACUGCAAUUAAAAAAAUAUUGGUGGGAUGCUUUGUAAAAUAAACACAAUUCAAUGAUUUGCAAAGCUCAUUUUAUUCACAGUAGAUCAUAGAAAACGUGGCAUGUUUAAACUGGGGCAUUUUACUACUUAAAGAAAAAUAUUAGUAAUUUUGAAUUCAGUGGCAGCAACAUGUCUAAAAAAAAAGUUGGAAUGGAAGCAGCUAUGAAAGCUAUAAAAAAGAAGCCAUAUGUGGGCAGGAGUCAGAAACACUGCUGUGGUGAGAGAGUGUCGAUGCAGCGUGGAAAACUCUUCUGUGGUCAGACAAAUCUAAAUUUGAAAUUCUUUUUGGCAAAUAUGGACGCUGCAUCGUCCAGACUAAGACUAGAUCGAUGAUCUGACUUGCUUGCAUAUCUGAUGGUUUGUGCAUUAGUGCCUGUGAAACUGAUAGCUUGCACUGGAUAUAUGAUCAGUAUAUGAGUAUUUACAGGUUUUAGAGCAACAUAAGCUCCAAUCCAGAUGACAUGGAUUGUCAGGCCUAGCAGAUUUCAGCAAGCCGAUGCUAAAUAGUAUACUGCAUGUAUUUCAGCAGCAUGGCAUCACAACAGAAGAGUCAGGGAGCUGAAGAAGCCUGCCCGCAAUCCAGACCUUUCAACAACUCAUGCAUUGGCUCAUGAGCCCAGGACUGUUCAGCGGCUAGAUCCACGUCAGACUACAAUGGGACAAAAAUCCAGCAGCUGGUCUCCACUGUUCCCAGAUGUCUAUGAACUCUUGUUAAAGAGGAGGGGAUGCUAAACAGCGGUAAACAAGACCCUCUCCCAACUUCUCUGAGACAUGUUGCUGCCAUAAAAUUCAAAAAUAACCUUUAUUAUUUCUUAAUAAUGGUACACUUUCUCUAUUUAAACAUUUGCUGUUUUCUAUGUUCUAUUGUGAUUUACGAGAUUCAUUUAUAUUUGUAACAUUUUGCACAGCUUUCCAACUUUUUUUUGUAAAUUCAAAUGCUGCUGAAUUUAUAGUGGGAAAUAUCUGCUGUAAAACGUAUCUUUCUGGUUUUGAUUCUUGUGAUUUUUAUUACGCUUUUUAAGAAAUAUUAGCACUUUUUUAUAAUAGUUUUAGAUGACAAUGAGAAAAUGAAGCAAUGAAUCUACAUUAUUGCUUCAGUUUCAGUUCAUUUCACUGUCAGCAGCUUUCAGUGAAAAUCCUUACAAAAGCUCCAGGACCAGCAGCUCAGCACCGAACUGCACACAGACACACUUAACAGCUGGCUGGUGAGCAGAGUGGAGCUUUUAGCAGGAGAGCUAUUUUGUCCAUUUAGGAUUUAGGAGGAGGAGGAGAUGUAGUAAUGCUAUUUACCACCUUUUAGCUGAACUGAUUGGCCACAAGCAUGUAUGAAAUAAACUACUUUCUCUCUGUGAUGACAGCGGAGGUGAGGAUCUUCAGUUUAUCCACACAAGAGCAUCACCUUAUUUUCUUUCCUUCCUUGGCUUCACGCAGAUGCUCUGUGUGGAAGACUCUGGGCUCUAAAAAAAGAAAAAAAAAUCCAAGUUGUGUUGCUUGUAUCAUUCUUUUGGGCAGAUUAUUUUAAAAUUUAUGACUCUUUCAACAGAUUUGAGUUCACUGACACCACUGUAAGGGAGACUGCCGCACUUAUGCGUUCCCACCGCCGUGCAUUACAGUCCCCUUAGUGCAGUGUGGUUUUUCCUGCCAUCACUGGCCUCAAAAAGCUUCUGCCUGUCUCUGCAUGUUCUUUACAAAAUUAAUGAAAGGCAUCUUAUCCUUUAAACCUCUGAAUUAUUUCGAUCUGUCUAUCAGAUCUGGGUGGACUUAUUUUAUUCACUUAUCGGAUGAAGAAAGAUUAUAAAUAAGAUUUUGAAGCAUUUCUUCUGAUCCAGAUCAAAUUAGUUUACAGUAUCAUCAUGAGUUAUUGAAUGUUUCACUUGUUCCAUUUGGCAGGCAGGUGAGAGCCUAGCAUUGAGAUUUCUUUUCAUACUCUGUGUACCCGAGUUUGUGUGGGCAGGGCGCCCUGAGUGUUGACGUGAGCUAGCUGACUGACUCAGCAUUACGGGCGGCGAGACAGAAGUUCAUUCCAGAUAAUAACUGGGGAAAAAAAGGCUUCAGAGAAACACGUGAAGCUGCCAGCAGCUGUGCAGUUUGUGAUUACUGUGCAUUUUCUCCUGUAGCCUGAGUGAGAAAGAAGCUCUUUGUGGAAUGAGAUAAGGCUGCCACGGUUUCAUCUUAGUCACUGUUUGUUCCUGGAUCUGCUCGCACGUCAACACCAUCACUGCUCUGUGAUUACAGGAAAUAAA